UCGUGGCGCCAGAAUUCGGAGCGCGGAAGAGCCGGAGCAGCAGCCGCCCGCACCCGGGACCUGUCUCCUACCUUGGCGGCUCGGGAGACGAGAAGAGAAGAUGGUGGUCCUCCGCAGCAGCCUGGAGCUGCAUAGUCACUCCGCCACCUCGGGCACGGACCCCCUGGACCUGUCCAACGAGUUCCUCAGCUUGGAGCAGAUCGGCCGGAGGCGGCUGCGCUCGGCCCGCGCCGCUGAGAAAUCCGCCGUCACCGCGGCAGCCGCCGGCGUUAGAUCUUCAGUUAAGGAAGUUGCCUACCACCAGACACGUGCCUUAAGAUCUUUGAGAAAAAAUGCACAGAAUUCUUCAGAUUCUAGUUUUGAUAAGAAUAUGGAAAUAAUGGAGAAGCAUGCUAAUGGCAGGCAUUUUACAAGGCAACUGGCCAGACAGCAGGCUGAUAAAAAAAAAGAAGAAUGCAAAGAAGACAAAGUGAUUCCAGUUACUCGGUCACUGAGAACUAGAAACAUUGUCCAAACCCCAGAACACUUGCAUGAAGAAAGUGGUAAUGUUGAAGUCCGCCGCAGUUGUAGGAUUAGAAGUCGUUAUAGUACUGUAAAACAGUCUGUGCUAUUUGACAAACUUAUAACAAACACUGCUGAAGCUGUACUUCAAAAAAUGGAUGACAUGAAGAAAAUGCGUAGACAGCGAAUGAGAGAUCUUGAAGACUUGAGAGCAUUUAAUGAACCAGAAGAAGGGAAUCUUAAUAUGUACACGAGAGGAAAACAGAAAGCUAUUCAAAGAACUGAUGAAGAAACAACUGAUAAUCAAGAAGGCAGUGUGGAAUCUUCUGAAGAGGGUGAAGACCAAGAAGAUGAAGAUGAUGGUGAAGAUGAAGAAGAAGAUGAUGAUGAUGACGAUGAUGACGAUGAUGAAGAUGAUGAAGAUGAAGAAGAUGGAGAAGAUAAUCAGAAAAGAUACUAUCUUAGACAGAGAAAAGCUACUGUUUACUACCAAGCUCCACUAGAGAAACCUCGUCAUCCAAGAAAGCCCAACAUAUUUUAUAGUGGCCCAGCUUCUCCUACAAGACCAAGAUAUCGAUUAUCUUCUGCAGGACCAAGAAGUCCUUAUUGUAAACAAAUGAACAGGCGAAGGCAUGCAAUCCAUAGUAGUGACUCAACUUCAUCUUCCUCUUCUGAAGAUGAGCAACACUUUGAGAGGCGAAGAAAAAGGAGCCGUAAUAGAGCUCUCGGCAGGUGUCUCCCGCUUAAUUUUCGGAAAGAUGAAUUAAAAGGAAUUUAUAAAGAUCGAAUGAAAAUUGGAGCAAGUCUUGCUGAUGUUGAUCCAAUGCAGCUGGAUUCUUCAGUACGGUUUGAUAGUGUCGGUGGCCUAUCUAAUCAUAUUGCAGCUCUAAAAGAGAUGGUGGUUUUUCCUUUACUUUAUCCAGAGGUAUUUGAAAAAUUCAAAAUUCAGCCUCCAAGAGGUUGUUUGUUUUAUGGUCCUCCUGGAACUGGAAAAACUCUGGUUGCUAGAGCACUUGCCAAUGAGUGCAGCCAAGGGGAUAAAAGAGUAGCAUUUUUCAUGCGGAAAGGUGCUGAUUGUCUGAGUAAAUGGGUAGGGGAAUCUGAAAGACAGCUACGAUUACUGUUUGAUCAGGCCUAUCAGAUGCGUCCAUCAAUUAUUUUCUUUGAUGAAAUCGACGGUCUGGCUCCAGUACGAUCAAGCAGACAAGAUCAAAUUCACAGUUCUAUUGUUUCCACCUUACUAGCUCUUAUGGAUGGAUUGGACAGCAGAGGAGAAAUUGUGGUCAUUGGAGCUACCAAUAGACUAGAUUCUAUAGAUCCUGCUUUACGAAGGCCUGGUCGCUUUGACAGAGAAUUCCUUUUUAGCCUACCCGAUAAAGAUGCUCGAAAAGAAAUUCUGAAGAUUCACACAAGAGAUUGGAAUCCUAAACCACUGGACAUAUUUCUAGAAGAGCUAGCUGAAAAUUGUGUUGGAUACUGUGGUGCAGAUAUCAAGUCAAUAUGUGCUGAAGCUGCUUUAUGUGCUCUCCGUCGACGCUAUCCACAGAUCUACACUACUAGUGAGAAACUACAGUUAGACCUCUCCUCGAUUAAUAUCUCAGCUAAAGAUUUUGUGGUAGCUAUGCAAAAGAUGAUACCAGCUUCCCAAAGAGCUGUGACAUCACCUGGGCAGGCACUGUCCACUAUUGUGAAACCUCUUCUGCAAAGCACUGUUCACAAGAUCUUAGAAGCUGUGCAGAGAGUAUUUCCGCAUGCAGAAAUCGGAACAAAUAAAGCAUCAAACUCAGAUAUUUCUUGUCCUCUGCUAGAAAGUGACUUGGUAUACAGUGAUGAUGAUAUACCAUCAGUUUAUGAAAAUGGGCUUUCUCAGAAAUCCUUUAAUAAGGCAAAAGAAAAUUUUAACUUUCUUCAUUUGAAUAGAAACGCUUGUCACCAACCUAUGUCUUUUCGACCAAGAAUACUGAUAGUGGGAGAACCAGGAUUUGGACAGGGUUCUCACUUGGCACCAGCUGUCAUCCAUGCUUUGGAAAAAUUUACAGUGUAUACGUUAGACAUUCCUAUUCUUUUUGGAGUCAGUGCUACAUCCCCUGAAGAAACAUGUGCCCAGAUGAUUCGUGAAGCUAAAAGAACAGCACCAAGUAUAGUGUAUGUCCCACAUAUCCACUUGUGGUGGGAGAUCGUUGGACCAACACUAAAAGCCACAUUUACCACAUUGUUACAGAAUAUUCCUUCAUUUGCUCCAGUUUUACUGCUUGCAACUUCAGACAAACCCCAUCCUACUCUGCCAGAAGAGGUGCAAGAAUUAUUUAUACGUGAUUAUGGAGAAAUUUUUAAUGUCCAGUUACCUGGUAAGGAAGAACGAACAAAUUUUUUUGAAGACUUAAUCCUAAAACAAGCUGCUAAGCCUCCUAUAUCAAAAAAGAAAGCAGUUUUGCAGGCCUUGGAGGUACUCCCAGUAGCACCACCACCUGAGCCAAGACUACUGACAGCAGAAGAAGUUAAACGGUUAGAGGAACAAGAAGAAGAUACAUUUAGAGAACUGAGGAUUUUCUUGAGAAAUGUUACACAUAGGCUUGCUAUUGACAAGCGAUUCCGAGUAUUUACUAAGCCCGUUGAUCCUGAUGAGGUUCCUGAUUAUGUCACUGUAAUUAAACAGCCAAUGGACCUUUCAUCUGUUAUCAGUAAAAUUGAUCUACACAAGUAUCUGACUGUGAAAGACUAUCUGAGUGAUAUUGAUCUAAUCUGUAGUAAUGCUUUAGAAUACAACCCAGAUCGAGAUCCUGGAGAUCGUCUUAUUAGGCAUAGAGCCUGUGCUUUGAGAGAUACUGCCUAUGCAAUAAUUAAAGAAGAACUUGAUGAAGAGUUUGAACAUCUUUGUGAAGAAAUUCAGGAAUCUAGAAAGAAAAGAGGUUGUAGCUCUUCCAAAUUUGCCCCAUCUUACUACCAUGUGAUGCCAAAGCAAAAUUCCACUCCUGCUGGUGAUAAAAAAUCAGAUCUGGAGCAGAGUGAGAAACUGAAGAUGCCCAGUAUUCCUGUGGCUUGUAGCACACCUGCUCAGUUGAAAAGAAAAAUCCGCAAAAAGUCUAAGUGGUACUUAGGCACUAUAGCAAAACGAAGGAGAACGUCACAGGCAAAAGAUGAUAGCCAAAAUUCAGUGGAUGACAAGAUUGAGAGUGAUACAGAGGAAAAUCAAGAUACAAGUGUAGACCAUAAUGAGACUGGAAACACAGGAGAUUCUUCAAUGGAAGAAAAUGAGAAGCAGCAAAAUGUUCCUGAAAGCAAAGUGGAGUUGGGAAACAAUUCUAGUGUUGAGAAUGAACUUGAAAAAUCUAAGACUACAGCAUGUACAGAAUUGAGAAAAGAUAAGAUUCCUUGCAAUGGAGAUGCUACUAGCUCUCAGAUAAUAGAUAUUUCUGAUGAAAAUGAAGCAAAAGAAAUGUGUGUUCUGCGAAUGACUCGAGCAAAACGUUCCCAAGUAGAGCAGCAGCAGCUCAUCAGUGUUGAAAAAGCUUUGGCAAUUCUUUCAGAGCCUACACCCUCACUUGUUGUGGACCAUACACGAUUAAAAAAUCUUUUGAAGAUUGUUGUGGAAAAAAGUCAAGAAUAUAAUAUAUUUCAGUUGGAAAAUUUGUAUGCAGUAAUCAGCCAGUGUAUUUAUCAGCAUCGCAGGGACUAUGACAAAACAACACUUAUUCAGAAAAUGGAGCAAGAAGUAGAAAACUUUAAUUGUUCCAGAUCAUGAUGUCUUCAUGGUAUCAAGUAUUCUUUAUAUUCAGUUCCUAUUUAAUUCACUUUUGUUGUGUCAACAUAACUGAUGCAAGAUAAAAUCUUGCAUCUUAAGGAAAAGAUUUACGUAGUGAAAUAAAAGUAUUUAAACUUUCUGGGUAUUUAUGUACAUGUGUAAGAUAAUUACAGAGAUAACUGAUAAAUAUUGGAAGUUUGGUUGAACAAGGCACUGUGGUAAUAUUAAUGCUGUGGCAUAUCAGUAGUGAAGUGUAGCCAACUCUUUAAAAAAACAAGUUAUUUUGAUAACGGUUUUGUGGCACUUGAGAGUAAUUAGUGACAUUGAAAUUUUUUUUAUUAAGCACUUUUAAUUUUAUCCUUCCUGAAAAUAGUUUGUUGAAUUGGACUAGAAGUUACCUUCCUUUUUGUCAUCUUUGUUUUCUUGAUGCUUUUCUCCCGUCUGCCUUUAUAUUCCCCUGUAUCUCCAGUUAAGAGCCAGUGUUCAGGUCAUGAUUUGUAGGAGUGCCCUUGAACAACUGGCUGCACCACAAUUCUGUACUUGAAUGUCAAAAUGCUUUUUAGGUAAACAUUUUUAUAAUUCUUAUUUGUGUUAAUAAAAAUUUUAAAUAUUUUUUUGUUUACUUUGAUGAUUAUUUACACCAUAAAUGUAUUAAUAACUGCCUUGAAUAUCUUUUUAACAGGACAAAAUUUUGUAGUUGAAAACUGCUUAUUCCCUCUAAAAUUGUGUUAAGGUUGUAUCCUAUGAAUACCUUUUAUAUACAAUUAUAUAAAUAUAAAUAUUAUAAUUUUGUAUUAAUGAUACCAAAAAUACAUUUCUUUAGUAAAGCAAUAAA